AUGGGGUCACAACUGGCAAACUUAGAGACAGCGACAGAGUCCCAUUUCGUGCAUGGAAUGAUACAAAACCUGGGAGGUAGUUAUGAUCCUCCGAAGUUUUGGCUGGGUGGAAACGAUAUUGUAACUGAGGGUGAAUGGAUGUGGGCUAAAACUCAUACCAAAUUUACAUACACAAACUGGGGACCAGGUCAACCUGACAACAGUCAUAAAGGACUUGGAGAAAACUGUUUAGAACUUUCAAAGAAUCAGGCUUGGAACUGGAAUGAUGAUUACUGUGAACACAGGAUAUAUUUUAUCUGUGAAAGACCAUCUGAAGAAGUGGAUAGUGGAGAAGUUGUUGGAUAAAUGAAUAAUCA